UCCAGUUUCUAUUCUUCCUCGUUCCUUCUGCCUUCCCCUCCCCCACUUUGCACCAGAGGAGCCAAAUUUAGGCUUGCUUUAAACAGUUUGAGGACUAAUCUGAAAGAGGAAGAAGAAUCUGUAUACAUUGGCUAGCAUAUGUGCCCUGCCCUCUCUCCUCUUGAAAAUAGCGACAACUCGUCUUUUCAAAGAAGCCGGCCUAAAGAGCAGGAGCCCUGUGAAUGGAGUGUGCUUUCAGGACUGUCCAGAGUAUUCGGUUCUCCAAGGAACGGGUAGAUUGGAUUUACUGAAGACUUGGAGCUUGCUUCUGAGAGUAAAUGCAAAAGGACCUUAAACUGUCAACCUUGAAGUUAGCAGGUUAGGCUUGAUCUGAAAUUACAUCAUAAGGAGCACUGACCACUAACCAGGUACACUCGUGAAGGGUACUGCAGUGCCAGAAAGAGGUACCAAGCAGACAUUACCAGAGAAAGAUGGAUGGAGUCAGAAAUCUGACAGUAUCUCCUGCCAGUAAUAAUACAUGCAAUGACACUAUUGAUGACUUCCGCAAUCAAGUGUAUUCUACCUUGUACUCUAUGAUCUCCGUUGUGGGCUUCUUUGGCAACAGCUUUGUGCUGUAUGUCCUCAUCAAAACAUAUCAUGAGAAGUCAGCCUUCCAAGUAUACAUGAUUAAUUUAGCAGUUGCAGAUCUACUGUGCGUAUGUACACUGCCUCUCCGUGUGGUCUAUUAUGUUCACAAAGGCAUUUGGCUCUUUGGUGACUUUUUGUGCCGGCUCAGCACCUAUGCCUUGUAUGUCAACCUCUAUUGUAGCAUCUUCUUUAUGACAGCAAUGAGCUUUUUCCGGUGCAUUGCAAUUGUUUUCCCAGUCAAGAACAUUAAUUUGGUUACACAGAAAAAAGCCAGGUUUGUAUGUGCUGGCAUUUGGAUUUUUGUAAUUUUGACCAGUUCUCCAUUUUUAACAGCCACAUCUUACAAAGAUGAGAAAAAUAAUACCAAGUGCUUUGAGCCUCCACAAGACAAUCAAGCUAAAAAACAUGUUUUGGUCUUGCACUAUGUGUCAUUGUUUGUUGGAUUUAUCAUUCCUUUUGUUAUUAUAAUUGUUUGUUACACAAUGAUCAUUUUGACUUUACUAAAAAAUUCAAUGAAGAAAAAUCUAUCAAGUCGUAAAAAGGCUAUAGGAAUGAUCAUAGUUGUGACAGCUGCCUUUUUGAUCAGCUUCAUGCCAUAUCAUAUUCAACGUACCAUCCACCUUCAUUUUUUACACAAUGAAACUAAACCCUGUGAUUCUGUCCUUAGAAUGCAAAAGUCAGUGGUCAUAACCUUGUCUCUGGCUGCAUCAAAUUGUUGCUUUGACCCUCUCCUAUAUUUCUUUUCAGGGGGGAAUUUUAGGAGAAGGCUGUCUACAUUUAGAAAGCAUUCUUUGUCCAGCAUGACUUAUGUAUCCAAGAAGAGGGUCUCCUUGCCAGAAAAAGGAGAAGAAAUAUGUAAAGAAUAGUUUAAACCCAUCUACAUGAAUGAAAAGCGUUUCCCAAACAAGUAUUUUCUCAAAUCAUUUACAAUAAAAAUAAGAAUUUCCAUUAAUAAUUUACAAAUACUUAACUGAAUGUGUGCCUAUAAAUCUAUCUCAUUUAUUCAUCCACAUUAUUAGAGCUCCUAAAGAUAUUUUAAGUGUUAAAAAUUCAGUCCACAAGGGGCUGGCCCCGUGGCCGAGUGGUUAAGUUCGCACUCUCCGCUGCAGGCGGCCCAG